GUAGCUAAUUAUCCUAUCAUGUGACACUCGGGGUUAGAGACAGACAGACCGGAGGUGCUGUCAGUACGGACAGACAGACACCCUCUUAUUGCUGUAGAGCUUGCCGGAGCUGAGUUGCCACCAUGAGUAGCGCGUUUAAGAGCUGCAGGAGUGUGCUGAUAACUGGAGCUAACCGGGGGCUCGGUCUACAGAUAGUAGAGAGCUUAGUGAGUGGAAGCUUUUGUCCAGGGAAGAUCAUCGCCACGGCAAGGACUCCGGCCACCGCCAAGGAAUUACAGAGCCUUGCAGAAAAGCAUUCCAAUAUACACAUUAUCCCCCUUGAUGUCGUCAGUGAAGAGAGCAUAGCGAAGGCUGCUGUGGAGGUGGAUCAGAUUGUGCAGGAGGAUGGGCUCUGUUGCCUCAUCAACAAUGCAGGAAUCAAUGUUAUCGCUAAUUUUGAGACUGUAACGGCCGAGAAGAUGCUGGAGAACUUCCAUACUAAUUCUGUAGCUCCCCUCAUGAUCACCAAGGCUAUGCUUCCAAUGUUAAAGCGGGCAGCAGCCAGAGAGACUGGCAUGGGCAUUCACAGAGCAGCAGUCAUCAACAUGACCUCUCUCCUGGGCUCAGUGGAGCUAAACUGGGGUGAAGGUGCCAACAACUUCAAAUGGUACCCAUACAGAACAUCAAAGAGUGCGCUGAACAUGAUCACUAGAUGUAUGGCGGUGGACCUGGAGGCAGAUGGAAUCCUCUGCAUGGCCAUCCACCCUGGCUGGGUGCGCACUGAUAUGGGUGGGCAGCAGGCACCACUCAGCACAGAAGAAAGUAUCUCCUCUGUCUUGGAUGUGAUUGGUGGAUUAACAGAGAAGGAUCACGGCUCAUUUCUGCAUUACACCGGUGAACCUUUGCCCUGGUGAUGUGAUGCUGCCAAGGAUUAGCAAUAUAAAAUAUUAUCAAAAAUACUGAUAAACUAUUAAGAUAAUUAUCAAUUAUUUUAUUAUCAAUAAAAUAAUAUCAAGCUUAAAGAAAUACAGUUUUUGUUAUUUAUUAGUUACACUGCUUUAUGUUUUUCACUAAAACCGUCAUUGUUAGUGUUACUUGUCGGCAGCACUUUAUUCUUAUGAUCAGUUAUUAGGGUGAUGGAGUAUGAAAACAAUAUCCUAUUAUCUUACAGUGUUAAGAACAUGACUUUUAAAGCUAUGCAUAACUUUCACUAAUCUGAUUAAAUUGUGUAUAAAAGCCA